CGCGAGCUUACUUCCUUUUUGUUGCCGCGACAUUUUGACACAAAACACUCGAGUCAGUACGCGACGUGAGUUUGACUAACACGGAAGCUGGUUCACGUAUACAAUUCGAAACGACACGCGGCGAUCGUCAGUGAGGACUCAACGCGAAAAAGAGCGAGAAUUUUUUUACACGACUCCGCGAUUCGGGUCAGCACGCGACGCCAUUACGGAAACCGUUUUGCGCUGGAAGACGCACGAUGGCCGGCCGACUACUUGCUCCUUUGCUCUUCGUCGUCGCUCUUGCUGCAUCGCUGCCAACUUUGGGCGAUACCGCCUCAGCGCACAUCCACACGCAUCAACAUAACAAAGCCGACAACAAUGAAAGAACGGAGGACGGUGCCUUCAGCCCUCGCGACGCCGAUCACUAUGCGGAGGGCGAACACCACGAAGAGUUUGACCAUGAAGCCAUUCUAGGGAGUGUAAAGGAAGCAGAAGAAUUUGAUAGACUUCCAAUACAAGAAUCAAAAAGAAGAUUAGGAAUUUUACUGACCAAAAUGGAUCUAAAUAAUGACAAAUAUAUAGAGAGAAAUGAAUUGAAAGCUUGGAUCUUGCGUUCGUUUAGCACACUGUCUGCAGAAGAAUCUGAGGAUCGUUUGGAUGAUGCUGAUACGAAUGAAGAUGGUAAAGUGACUUGGGAAGAAAUUUUACAAGAUACUUAUGGCAACGAUCCUGAAGACCUGGCUCUUGAUGAUAAGUUAAUCCAAGAUGACAAGCAGACAUUCGAGGCUGCAGAUUUAAACAAAGAUGGUUAUUUAGAUACAGAGGAAUUCAAGGCUUAUACACAUCCUGAGGAGACACCUAGAAUGUUUCCACUUUUGUUGAAGCAAGCCUUGGCUGACAAAGAUACAGAUGGAGAUGGAUAUAUUAAUUUCCAGGAGUUUAUUGGUGACAGAGCCAAAUCAAAAGAUAAGGAAUGGUUGUUAACUGAAAAAGAUAAAUUUGAUUAUGAACAUGACAAGAAUGGAGAUGGUAGACUUGAUUCGGAUGAAAUUCUUUCUUGGCUUGUACCAAGCAAUGAAGAAAUAGCAAAUGAUGAAGUGGAUCAUCUAUUUGUGGGUUCAGAUGACGAUCACGAUAACAGAUUAUCCUUUGAUGAGAUCUUGGAUCAUCAUGAUGCUUUUGUAGGUAGCGAAGCAACAGAUUAUGGUGAUCAUUUGCAAGAUAUUGAUCGUUUUAAUGAUGAACUUUGAGAAUCAACGAUUAGUUGAAUUAAUAUUUUAAAAAAUACUGUGUUAUCUUUCGUAAUACUCAUAUCAGUAUGAUGUGUAUAAUUGAAAAUAUUUUUAAUAUACUGCUCAAGAGACAA